AGGCAGAGAAGAGGAAGUGGUAGGACUCACUGUCUGCUCCCCGGGGCGGGCGGGCGGGCGGGUGGCGGAGGCCGCGAGGGUGUGCAGGCCUUCAGCCACCAUGGAGCUGUGGCGCCAGUGUGGCCACUGGCUGAUCCAGUGCCGGGUGCUGCCGCCUAGCCACCGCGUGACCUGGGAAGGGGCCCAGGUAUGUGAGCUGGCCCAGGCCCUCCGGGAUGGGGUCCUGCUUUGCCAGCUGCUCAACAACUUGAUGCCCCACGCCAUCAACCUGCGCGAGGUCAACCUGCGUCCCCAGAUGUCCCAGUUCCUGUGCCUUAAGAACAUCCGCACCUUCUUGUCCACGUGCUGUGAGAAGUUUGGCCUCAAGCGCAGUGAGCUCUUCGAGGCCUUUGACCUCUUCGAUGUGCAGGAUUUCGGCAAGGUCAUCUACACCCUGUCUGCUCUGUCAUGGACCCCAAUUGCCCAGAACAAGGGCAUCAUGCCCUUCCCCACCGAGGAGGACAAUGUGGGCGACGAAGACAUCUACAGUGGCCUGUCGGACCAGAUCGACGACACGGUGGAGGAGGAUGAGGACCUGUACGACUGUGUGGAGAACGAGGAGGCCGAGGGCGACGAGAUCUACGAGGACCUCAUGCGCACAGAGCCCGCGGCCAUGCCGCCCAAGAUGACGGACUACGACAAGCGCUGCUGCUGCCUGCGCGAGAUCCAGCAGACCGAGGAGAAGUACACUGACACGCUGGGCUCCAUCCAGCAGCACUUCAUGAAGCCCCUACAGAGGUUCCUCAAACCUCAAGACAUCGAGAUCAUCUUCACCAACAUCGAGGACCUGCUUCGUGUGCACACCCACUUUCUGAAGGAGAUGAAGGAAGCCCUGGCCACUCCCAGUGCUCUCAACCUCUACCAGGUCUUUAUCAAGUACAAGGAGAGGUUCCUUAUCUAUGGCCGCUAUUGUAGCCAGGUGGAGUCUGCCAGCAAGCACUUGGACCGUGUGGCAUCAGCUCGUGAGGACGUGCAGAUGAAGCUGGAGGAGUGUUCUCAGCGAGCAAACAAUGGGAGGUUCACCUUGCGGGAUCUGCUCAUGGUACCCAUGCAGCGGGUGCUCAAGUACCACCUCCUUCUCCAGGAGCUGGUGAAACACACGCAGGACACGGUGGAGAAGGAGAACCUGAGGCUGGCCCUGGACGCCAUGCGGGACCUGGCGCAGUGCGUGAACGAGGUGAAGAGAGACAACGAGACGCUGCGGCAGAUCACCAACUUCCAGCUGUCCAUUGAGAACCUGGACCAGUCUCUAGCUCACUACGGCCGACCCAAGAUUGACGGAGAGCUCAAGAUUACCUCUGCAGAGCGGCGCUCCAAGAUGGACAGGUACGCCUUCCUGCUCGACAAAGCCCUCCUCAUCUGUAAGCGCCGCGGGGACUCCUACGACCUCAAGGAAUUCGUGAACUUGCACAGCUUCCAGGUUCGCGACGACUCCUCCGGAGACCGAGACAACAAGAAGUGGACCCACAUGUUUCUCCUGAUUGAAGACCAAGGCACUCAGGGCUAUGAGCUGUUCUUCAAGACGCGGGAGCUGAAGAAGAAGUGGAUGGAGCAGUUCGACAUGGCCAUCUCCAACAUCUAUCCCGAGAAUGCCACUGCCAAUGGGCAUGACUUCCAGAUGUUCUCCUUCGAGGACACCACCUCCUGUUCAGCCUGCCAGAUGUUGCUGAGAGGCACCUUCUAUCAGGGCUACCGCUGUCAUCGGUGCCGGGCACCUGCACAUAAGGAGUGUUUGGGGAGGGUCCCUCCAUGUGGUCGACAUGGGCAAGAUUUUGCAGGAACUAUGAAGAAGGAUAAGACACACAGAAGGGCUCAGGACAAAAAGAGGAAUGAUCUGGGCCUGCCCAAGAUGGAGGUGUGUCAGGAGUACUAUGGGCUUCCUCCACCCCCUGGAGCCUUUGGACCUUUUCUACGGCUCAACUCUGGAGACAUCGUGGAGCUCACCAAGGCUGAGGCUGAACAGAACUGGUGGGAGGGCAGGAAUACAGCCACCAAUGAAGUUGGCUGGUUUCCCUGUAACAGGGUCAAGCCCUACGUCCAUGGCCCUCCUCAAGACCUGUCCGUUCAUCUCUGGUAUGCUGGCCCCAUGGAGCGUGCCGGGGCUGAGAACAUUCUCACCAACCGCUCUGAUGGAACCUUCUUGGUGCGGCAGAGGGUGAAGGACGCGGCAGAAUUUGCCAUCAGCAUUAAGUAUAAUGUCGAAGUCAAGCACAUUAAAAUCAUGACAUCAGAAGGGCUGUAUCGGAUCACAGAGAAGAAGGCUUUCCGGGGGCUUGUGGAGCUGGUGGAGUUCUACCAGCAGAACUCCCUGAAGGACUGCUUCAAGUCGCUUGAUACCACCUUACAGUUCCCCUUCAAGGAGCCCGAGAGGAGAGCCAUCAGCAAACCACCAGCUGGAAGCACCAAGUAUUUUGGCACAGCCAAGGCCCGCUAUGACUUCUGUGCCCGGGACCGAUCGGAGCUGUCCCUCAAGGAGGGCGACAUCAUCAAGAUCCUUAACAAGAAGGGACAGCAAGGCUGGUGGCGAGGGGAGAUCUAUGGCCGGGUUGGCUGGUUCCCCUCUAACUAUGUGGAGGAAGAUUAUUCCGAGUACUGCUGAGCCAUGGCAUGCUGGCAGAGCUAAGAGACUUCAGGCUCUGAGCCCGGGAUGGGCAGGCAGUGGAACCAGGGGCUGUGACAGGUCCCAGCAGGCCAAGAGCCUGGCAUGGACUGUGGAGGGCCAGGGUCCAGCUGGCCGGGCUCGUGGAGCCUCAAUUAAUUUAUAACACACUGGUGUCCUCUUGGGUCCCCUCAACAAGAUGGGGCUCGAGGCAACCGCUCUUAAUAAAGUGAUGAAUGGAUGG